AGCUGUAAAAUCCUGCGAUAAUUAAUUAAUUAUUUCUAUGAGUUCAAAGACAGUUGCACCUCUUUAUAACCCACUUGAUGUGUCCAUUGAUGACCAUGAGGAUUGGAAGAACCAAGUUCUGAGGGAUUAUUAUGAUACCAAAGAAAGUUCAAGAAAAGUACUCAUGACUAGCCAGUUUUCGAAGGAUAAGAUGGAGAAGGACCUUGGAAGUAUCCAGACGCUUAGAAGAAAAUGGGAUCGGUUCGAAGCUAGUUAUAAGAGAGCUUGCCAUAGGUUAAAUGAGAGAAUAAUUGAAGAGGAGAGUGGGCUUGAUAUGGCUAAGAGUAAGACUAAGAUGCAAGCUAGUUUGAGGAAUAAAUUCUUGCAAAAGGUAAAGAGAUCGAACAGUCUCUCACCAAUUGACAGAAUGUAAUCUUUGAAGCAUGAUUUCUUGGCAAAAACUAAGGUGUUUGUCAGUAAUUCCGAUUAAAGGAGUUCAUAUAUCAUAUUAUACAUAAUAAAACUUGUUC